AUGGGUGAUUCCCGCGGGAGGGCGCGGCCGCUCGUCCUGCUGCUGCUCCUCAUCGUGGGUGGCGUGAGGGUGGGUGGUUCUGAGGAGCUCGCCAGUCCCGCCAGUUCCACCACCACCAGCUCAACACCGGAACCGACGGUGAAAAGCUAUGGCGGUGGAAAAUCAACCACUUCCACGACGACGACGACGACGAAAAUGGCCUCUCCGACGGAGGCUCCUGAGUCCGAGCUUUCCACGCAGCUGGAUGCCGGCCAGCGAGCUCCAGUGAACGGGUCGGUUGUCACAACAACAGUGGCCUCCACCACAGGGACCUCAAGCAGCCCAAUGGUCUCCAGUUCACCGACAGCACCACCGACGACGAUGGUCAAGCGAAGGAUGACUAAUCGCGACAAUAAGCUGAUGUCGGUUUUGCAAGCUCGCAGGACGGCGCUAUCCCGUGAUCGGUGGCGCAAGGAGUACCAUCAUCCGUCAUCUUCCACACUCAAGGCUCUCCACCGGCAGCAGGCGAGUGUAGCGGGCAACCUGGUCGAGGACAGCAGCACACCCGAGUCGAACUUGAUCGUUCCGGUGGUGUCCUCGUCAUCGUCAUCGUCGACUGGUGUGUCCUCAGGUCGCGUGGCUCCUGGCGCCGACGAGUUUCUCGACACGGACGAGUCCAUCCACGGUAUGUACGUGGUAAACCCGCGCACGGGCAAGAUCGCCCUCCAGCAGACGGGUUCGAGCAUCAAGCUAGCCAAAGAAACGAACAACUUCAUUGCGGUCGUCCCGCCGCCCGGUAACAAAUCGCUCGAGAUUACGAAGCUCACGUCUGCUAAAGGGCUAGCGGCUGUAGGUCUGAUGCCCUCGACAACGACGACGACAACAUCCACGAGCCCACCAUCAUCGGCUCAUCCCGCUGGGCGUGGUUUGUAUCUAGAUACACGCGGAAAACGACUACGCGAUCGCAAAACCUUCCCAGCCCUGUCGACUGAGCGAUCGGUCGAGGAGAGUGAUCUCAUCCCGUACCAGUACUUCGGUCAGAAGCUCAUUCCAGCGCAUCACAAGGUGCUGGACGCGCGGAACCAAGUCAUCAACGCGCGCCGCACGCACCUGAAUAAGCUGAAGGAGGAUCCACUCGCGGAGAUGGGCGAUGGUUCGCUACCCAAACCAUCCACCGAGAAGAGCAAGUUCUGGUCAAAUAGGUACCAAUCGCGGAAUGUAGUGCCCCACAGUGGCUACCUAAGGCGUGGUGGUUCAUUGACCAUGACAUCCAGUACAUCAUCGACGACAACAUUUAGCCCACCAGAGAGUGUCCCGGUCCACUCGGACACGCUUACUAACUCCAUGAUCGCGCUCAGCAACCUCUCCGAUGGUGAGGAUGAGAAGCUGGUCUUUUCGCGCAGUGCUAACUUCACUGACUCUCACAAGACUGACGUUUACGCUGGGCGAGUGAAUGAUGCCACUUUGUCGGUGCCAAACCCAGUUCAGACGAUCGCGAUCGCGGGACCUGCUUUUGUAGAGCCUGUGGAAAAUGAGGUACCGUUCUCGAGCAGUACAACCUCCACGACGACCAGCACUACGGAGAUGUCAGAUCAUUACCGGUCGGUUGAGGACGAAUACCCAUCACCGAUCGCUGGGUUAUACGGGCCCUCAUCGGGGCUGGCCUCGGGGAUUUCGAAGCUCAUCAUCAACUAUCCGGAUGAUGCGACACCUGAGGAGUUCUACCCUCGACCGUUGAACACCUUCGAGACGCACGCGCAGAUUGUGAAUCUACAGGAGGCGACUGAGGAUCCAACACCUGCGACGACGUCCAUCCCGGGACCCGCUGAGGAGGACUUUGAGACACCACGAAACCGCGUGUCCUUGCCAGACAUCAACCAGAUUUUCCGGAAUCUCUCUACACCGACGACGACGGAAAUGACAACCACAACGACGGCGACGAGCACGACGGCUCCAGCUCCGGCUCGAUCACGGCUUAACACACGCGUGUAUGUACCCGUCAGCCGAUCAACGACAACUCGAACGACUACAACGACGACCACAACCACCACGACAUCGACUGAGUUGCCGAUUGAGGAAGAAACCGAACCACCGACGACAACGGUGUUGAUCCUUACGUCCAGCCCUACGACAACACAGCGCGUCAGCUCGACGUCCUCUACCACAUCCACCGAGACUCCGGUGUCCUCUAUGGUGCCCUCGGUGACUCCUUCUACUCAAGCGCCAGCGAGAACUACACCUGCCAGGACCUACAGACCAUCGACAACAUUACCCAUGAAGCCCUCCACACCAAUCGCACCCGUGGAACUAAGGACUGUUGCGAUCUUCACAGGUCUUCGACCGAAUCCACCAGAGUCACCAGCACCACCCUCGGUCAAUGGCACUGGAAUGGAGCCCGGUUUCAACCCGAUUUUGUCACACAUCUUCCCUAAACUAGCAGGACCCAUGUUGUCCACGCGAUCCCCCGUCAAUCUGGACUUUUCGCUAGCGUUCACAUCACCUCCACCAGCCGAUCACAGCUCAGGCACGAAGAAGCCCGCUGUCUCGUUCGAUGGAGUCCUUCUGCACCACAACAGCGAUGUGGUGAUCGAGAUGCGCAAAAUGAACACCGCCACGUUCGUGCUGGCUGGGUUGGGCAUGCUACCGAUCGUCAUUAUCGUGCUGUACGUGAUCAAAGCGACGGUGUUUAACCGUGAACACAAGGUGUCACAUGACCUGGAGCGGUAUAUUCCGGACGGACAGCCACCAAUCAGUCCAGUGGUUCGGUUAGAACAGUCCGAUACCUCUAGCGCCACCGACGAAUCGAUCAUGACCGAGCACGAUUUCAACCGGAGCAAUCUACGGUUUAAGAGUCUGCUCGGUGAGGGUAACUUUGGACAGGUCUGGAAGGCGGAAGCUGAUGAUCUGGCAGGUCAUUUGGGCACGACACGGAUCGUUGCGGUGAAAACCGAACGGAGUGAUAACGGUCAUGGUGAUCUCAAGGCUGAAGCGGAGAUCAUGCGCAAGCUCGGGUCGCAUCCGAACGUUGUAACUCUGCUGGGUGCUUGUCUUGAGCAAGAUCCCCAGCUGCUGAUCAUGGAGUACGCGAUGCGAGGUCGUCUUCUGUCGUUGCUGCGAGCUGCCAGAGGAGCCGUUAACGGACUAGCUCCGUCUGUGCACAAUAACCGGCCACCAAUCAUGCCACUAUCCCCACGGAGACUGACAGGAUUUGCCCAUGACAUCGCCCGCGGCAUGGAGUACAUUUCGGAGAAAAAGAUCGUCCAUCGUGAUCUGGCCGCGCGGAACGUGCUGCUCGACCACAACGGUAUCUGCAAGAUCUGUGACUUCGGUAUGUCGGUCGAUCUGGAGAAGGUGAAAUCGUCGCACGCCCAGAUCCGGAUGCCGCGAAGCCACCACAGCGAAUCACGGUUUAAGUUCGACCUGAGUGCACGAUCGUUCGGCAUCGGUAGGCACCAGCACCAUGGCCAUGAAGGUCAUGGAGGUCGGCACGGUGGAGGCAGUGGUGGUGGUCACAGCAGUAGUCACGGGCAUGACACGAAGAGCCGGCCAGCGUUACCGAUCCGCUGGAUGGCUCCGGAAGCGCUACAGUAUCACAUAUUUUCCCGCGAAACCGACGUCUGGGCGUUUGGGAUCGUGCUGUGGGAGAUUGCCACGUUAGGCUGUACUCCCUACCCGAACCUAUCCGGACGUGAGGUGGUCCGAAGCGUUCCGAAUGGAUCCCGCCCGGAAGUGCCCGCGGAUUGCCGUCCUGAGCUGUACGAGCUGAUGCAGCGCACCUGGCGGCAGGAUCCUCGACAGAGGCCCACUUUCUCCGAGGCACGUACCUGCCUUGCGCGGACACUCUGCCAGUGGCAGCUGGAGGACAACGACACCUCCAACACGUCCGAGUACCUGGACGUGAGCGGGUUUAGUGAGGAUCUAGAACAGGGCAUGGUGUACUUCAACCGGCGGAUAUCGGAGUUCGAGUGCGAGAUCUAGCCGGUACGCCUGUUCUAGAGAUUGUGGCGUUCGUUGUACAGAUAUAGAUAGGCUCUCUGUUUUGCGUUUUCUUCUCCCUAUUUCUCCUGCCUAGAUGAAGGAUGUGAAUCCUUUAGGCUGCUCCUGAUCAUCCCCCAUCCAUCGUGCGUCCCCCACAAAAAGGGGGACGGUUUCCAUGGCGCAUUAGACAUCUCGUAAAUUAUCUUCAUCUGUAGCGUGUAACUGUACCACUUGGGAUAGCUUUUAAAGUACGAAGAAGUAGCAGGUGGCACUAACGCGGGCGAAAGGGAAGCGACCACACGAAAAAGUAAAUCAAUUACAGGCGUAGCAUAGACCCAAGCGAAGGAACAGCAACAGUAGAGCGUAGCGUAGAAACAAAGUGCAAGUGAUAGCAAAGCAAUUAGAGCACCGUUUAUUAUUGUUUGUUUUCUUUACUCUCUUCCGUCUCGAUUCUUGUGUACAGUUGAAAAGCGUAGCUUAAACGACGGCCGAGGGCAGAUGGUCCCUCAUGCGCCCCUUUUCUGAUCCCGCUAGUUGGUACGAUUAUUUUAUUGUAAUAUUUUAUACGUUUUGCGCUCCACGGUGCGCGGUUGGCUUCGUUUGCCCGGGGCAACUGCCGCUUUGCCGUUUCCAGAGAAACAGGAAUAAAAAGUUUUGAUGUUUUGCGAUA